AUGGUCACAACUAUGUUUCUAUUACGAGCUCCAGCUGUAGCUCAAGCCUCUAGAAUUUUUCCACUGGCACAGCGCCGCCUGUUCUCCUCAGCUGAAAGACGGCGUGACCGAGAUUUGACUCAAGAAUCAGGAAAGUUGCCUCAACAGUCGGCGUCACUCAGCAGUGUUCAAGAAGCUCUCGAUAUCGAAGAUAAACACAAUCAGCACGGAUUCACGAGAGAAACUGAUCAGGCAUUCUCACUCUUCUCUCCGAUUCCUAAACAAUUGAUGGAUGGUAGUCAACAAGAUGGGAAAAUUCCUGCAGCUUUAAUAUCUGGUGCUCCUAUAGAACUUCAAGCUAGGAGUGUACGGAUAUAUCGCCCCUCCAAACCUGCAACUCAGUCAGGAAACUGGCAUGGCCGUCAAUGGCGCAUGGACUGGGACAUUUUACCAAAGGGUCAUAGAUGGGAAAACGAUUUGAUGGGAUGGCAAUCAUCUGCAGAUUUCAUGCAGGGCACUCACAUGACGUUCAAGUCUAGGGAAGACGCGAUAGCCUUCGCAGAGAAACAAGGGUUUGAGUAUUUUGUUCAGGAGCCAAAUUCUCGAAAAACCGCACCAAAAGCAUAUGCAAACAAUUUUCUUUGGUCAGAAAAGAAACUCAAACACAUACGAACGAAAUAG